AUGUCACUUUCAGAGCAACUGAACGGCUGGAAUACCGCUGUUUCUGACGAUAAGGAUAAUAAUACCCAGAUUGAUUCUGAAUUAGCAUCAAUAGUCUCGUCGCUUUCGGCACUGUCAAAUCCGAAUGUACAGCAACAAGCACAGCAGCAGGUUCAACAGCAGCAAGUACAGGCGCAGCAGCAGCAACAGAUUGGUGGGUUCAGAAGGGCCUCUUUCAAUAGUAAUACGGGAAGCGAUGUGGACUCAGAGAUCUUUUUCAAUACACAGAAUUCUCCCAUGUUGAGGAGAACUACUCUGUCUGUAGGCGGGAUGUCUCUGCCUGAGAACUCUUCGUCCCACGCUCAGAAUAGAUUGAAUGCCAUGAACCAUUACUCUGCCAGUAUCGCUGGUGGUCUGACAGCUCAAUUCCAAAAUAAUAAUAAUCCGAACUUGAACAGUUACAACGGAAGCGUGACUAAUUCUAAUUCGAUCGGUGUCAAUAAUAGUUCAGUUACAUCUGGAUUUUUCGAAAGGUUUGGUCGUGCCUUAGCUGAGGGUACUCGUGAAGUGGAAUUGAAUGUGGGUGUGGGUAGUGUUAACGUUGGUGGGCCUCCUUCGAGUUCGAAUCACGCUGGUACUGGCUCGAGAAGAGCAUCUGCAACCACAGGCUUGGAGCAUUUAUCGAGAGUCGGAUCUAAUACGACGCUGCAUGGUGCAAGAAGAAUGUCGGAUACCUCUGAAGUGUUGGACUCCGUUAGUGAAAGUUUAUCGAUGCAAAAUAAUGAGCCUAAUUCUACUACCAUUUGGAACGUGGCUGCUGCACCCGUAUUCAGACCUCAGAAUGCCGAACACAUGCAACAACAAUACCACUACCAACAACAACAGCAGCAGCAGCAAUCUCCACUGCAUCAACGUCAGCCUCAAUUCCAGCCUCAAUUCUCUUACCGUCGUUCUAAGGACGGCAAAACUGCUCCUUUUCCAAGUGACCAGGACAUUGAUCCAAAUGACCCUGCCUCGUUUGCUAAUCAGCAGGCAGCUCCUUUCAACUAUGGUUAUCCUGGGUUUAAUCAAUUUGGAAUGCCCAUGUUUUUACCUCCUGUGCUGUCUCCACCACCACAACCAUUCCCAGGUAUGAAUGGAUCCAACGAUAACAGUCAAGAUGUCGAGACUACUGAUGGUGUUACCAAAGAGGCUUCCGCUUCUAGAAAGAACCAACACGAGUCCGAAUUAUCAGAGACAUCAGGUGAAACAGGUAAUCAUCCAACGAUGAUGCCACAUCCAAUGGCUCCUUAUCCAUUCCCCAGUCCAUAUCCUUUCAUGUAUGCUCCAAUCAAAGAAGAUGACACAGAAAAUAAUAAGGAUAGUGAAACUGUUAAACCUCCUUUGAGCCCUACUUUCUUGCCACCAAAUCCUUACAUGUUCAUGCCUCCAUCUAUGCAACCACGUCCAGGUAACUUACAAGACGCUCCAAGCUCCCCUCCAUCCGCAGACAAUGGUUCCGGUUCUAACAAGAGAAAUAACGAUUCUAAAUACUCUGGCAAAAAUAAAUCAAAUCCAUACCUGCACGCAGGUAAGGCUCAAUAUUCACAAUUCUCUCCGCCACCAAGUAGGGCAGGUAUGGCAGUGCCCCCAAACACUUUGCAAAGUUCUUCAGGUUCAGGUGCAAACAAACAGGGUCGCCAAGGUAAAAAUGCUCGCCAGAAUAACAAACAGCCUAUCGUUAGAUCCCCAUUAUUGGAGGAAUUCAGGAACAAUUCUUCCAAUAAAGUUUACAAACUUAGCGAUAUUUACGGCUCCGCUUUAGAGUUCUGUAAAGAUCAACAUGGUUCCAGAUUUAUCCAACAGGAAUUGGCAACAGCUUCUGAUGCUGAUAAGGAAGUAAUCUUCAAUGAGAUUAGAGACCAAUGUAUACCAUUAUCUCAUGACGUGUUCGGUAACUAUGUCAUUCAAAAAUUCUUUGAACAUGGUACAAAAACACAAAGGGAGGUAUUAGUGGAUCAAUUCAGAGGCAAAAUGGAGAACUUGUCGUUAGAAAUGUAUGCUUGCCGUGUUAUACAAAAGGCAUUUGAAUUCCUAAAUGAAGAUCAAAAGGUUGAUCUCGUAUCUGAACUUUCCCAUUGUGUUUUAGCUAUGAUCAAAGACCAGAAUGGUAACCAUGUUAUACAAAAAGCCAUCGAGUGUAUUCCGAUUGAAAAAUUACCAUUUAUUCUCCAAAGUUUAAGAGGACAAAUCUAUCAUUUAUCAACGCAUUCUUACGGUUGCCGUGUAGUUCAAAGACUAUUGGAAUUUGGAACUCUAAAGGACCAAGAUGAUAUUUUGAAUGACUUGGAUGAAUUCAUCCCAUUCUUGAUCCAGGAUCAAUACGGUAACUACGUAAUUCAGCAUAUUUUACAGCAUGGAACUGAAGAUACGAGCAGUCACAUAGGAAUGAGUAAACAAAAUAUCAUCGAUAUCAUUCGUAAGAAUGUUGUUGAAUAUUCAAAACACAAAUUUGCCUCCAAUGUUGUUGAAAAGUCAGUAGUUUACGGAUCCAAAAACCAGAUAAGACAGAUUUUGGAUCAAAUUCUACCAAGAGACGAAGAGCACGCCGCUGAUUUGGAAGAUAAUGCACCAUUGAUUCUAAUGAUGCGGGAUCAAUACGCGAACUACGUUGUUCAAAAGCUCGUGGGUGUCGCAACUGGUGAAGAUGAGAGGUUGAUUGUUAUUUCCAUCAGAUCCUAUUUGGAUAAAUCCAAUAAAAAUAACACUUUGGGUAACAGGCAUUUGGCUAGUGUUGAAAAGUUAGCAACUUUGGUGGAAAAAAUUCAGAUAUAG